GACGAGUCGUGCGUGUACGCGUGCGGCGAUUACCGGCGCAGUGACAUCCGAAUACUCCGACACUAUGCGCCACCGGUUCGUCCUGUCCAUGCUGCUAUUGUUGCCGGCCGUCCGGGCCGCGGUCCGUGCGAACGACGGAGGCUCGACGCGGCCGAAAAACGAUGAUGACUCAUCGAUCAACAGCCUAGAAGAUGUGGACCUCAGUUGCGACGGGGGUAGAUGCGAACCAGAUGUACAAGACGUUUCCACAUCGAGUUGGACUACCACCAAAAAACCAAAUAUUUUUCAACUGAACAAUAAAUCGUGUCCCGGAUUUGAGCUACCACCAGUUUUCCCACGACAACGUUGUGAAUCUGAUAGAGACUGCUGGCCAAGGAUAUGUUGUGGGUACGGUGGACUCAAUGGUCAGAAAUAUUGUCGAAUUCCUUUGCCAAGUUGGCGAAAUGAUUUACUGAAAACCAUUACAAAAAGCCUCAGGUCCAGCCGGCCGCAGUACCUUCAGUGCAGCCCGCCACCGCCCGCGCGCUACGAUCUGUUCCCGCGGAAGUGCCGGACCACCGUGGACUGUCUGCCCGAGCUUUGCUGCCCGGAAACCGGAAGAAACGUCUGCCGGCCGCCCAAGAAACUGAUACGGCCGAUCAGGGCCCAGUUGACCAUCGGAUAGGCGGUCUGGUCGUUCGUUUUUACCGGCCGAACUGAGAUUGUCACCUGUUCAAAUGCAUCACCGAUCGAAAUGUUGUCCGGAAAACUUUUUCAACAUUUUUCGAUCACUAUAAUAUAUUAUUUUUAACCCGCGGGAUAACAUCGUUAUCCUGUGUUAUUGUGUUAUCGUGUCUAUCUAGUCAUUACUCAUUCGUGAAUUAUCGUCAGUCGCAGAAUCCAUCCAAACACCCGAACGAAGGGAUUACGCGUAACGACCAAAUACACGCCUAUGUUUAAUUAUAUUAUCGGAUAUAUUUUGUAUUAAUGAUCAUUUUUGUUAUUAUUUAUUAUUAUUAUUAAAUCAUUAUAAUUUUA